UUUCUCAGAAUCAAGUGUGAUAAUAUCAAGUUUAUUUUCAACAAACAAUUUAUUUGUUAAAGUUUCAAGCAAUUUUAAGAUUACAAUUAUAACAUGAACAUCUAGUAAAUGGUUAUUAAAUACUAACAAUUUAUCAAUACUACAUGUAUUUAAUAAUAAUUGAGUUUAUUAAAAUAUAGAUUUUUAUAAUCUGUAUUUAUUAAACUGGAUAAAUAAAUAAUUAACUGAGAAAUGAACUCAUCGGCAAUAUCACCAACAUCAACAUUGGGAAAUUCAUCAGGACGUAGUGAAUCUCAAGAUUCAGGCUUAAGUGCAAGUGGUACACAAACAUCAAAAAUUCUCAAUCAAAUGAAAGCUGAUUUACAAGUACAAAAACAACAAAAGAAAUUAAUCAAAGAAUUACAUGCAAAACGUGUUAAAUCAUUAAGAAAAGAAUUGGAUUAUUUAAAAGCAACUGAAUGGAGAUAUCAUACUAGUGACAGUUACAAAUAAUCAAAUAAAUCAAUCAGUCAAAAUUAAAAUUAAUAAAAACAAUACACUUAUUAAAUUACAAUAAAUAAUAUAUAAAAUAAAUUAAAUUUAAAAAUGUUAUCUGUACUAAUGCACGUAGCUAAAUCAAUGCUUGGUUAUUCAACAACUGAAGAACCAAGUAUUGAUGAUUUAAUAGCACGUAUUGAUAAUGCCAAUAUAAAUACAAUGACAUCAUCAAAUAAAGAUGAUAAUCAAACAUCAGAUGAAAUGACAGUUGGUGCAUUUUAUAAAAGUGGUACAAUAACACAAAUAUAUGAAGAUUCAGUUGUUAUUGAUGAUCAUUUUAUUUGUGAUUUAACUGAUAUUACAAUAAAUAAAUAUGAAAUUGGUACAAAAGUAAAUUAUCUUGGUUAUUUAAAAUCUGAAAAUGAUGAGCCAAGAAUACGUAAAAUAAUAUCAAUAUGCGAUGGUUUAUGGGACAAUAAUAAUAAUUCAAAAACAAAUGAGGAAUUAAUUGAUAAUAAACAAAUAAUGAAUAAAUUUAUAGUUGAUAAAGUUAAAAAACGUGAAGGAAGAAAAGUUUAUUUUGAAACAAUUGAUAAAGUGAUUGAUUUAAAUAAAGUUGAAUCAACAUUUGUUCCUUAUGUUGGUGAUUGGAUACAGCUUGAAUCAUUACUUGAAGUUGAUGAAUUAUCACAUGAUUUAAGUGGACAAGUAUUAGAAGUUAAUAAAAUACAACCAUUAAGAUCUAAAAUUAAAAUUGGUCUUGUUACAAAAUAUGAUGCAAAAACUGGUGUUGGUUCAAUUGAAAAAGAUAUUGUAUUUAAUAAAUAUUCAUGUGAAACUGGUUAUAUACCACGUCUUGGUGAUAAAGUUGUUUGUGAUUGUAUUGAAAGUGAUCAAGGUAUAUAUAUUUGGCGUUGUUUAACAGUUGUAUCACUAUAUCAUUUACAAAAACAAAAUAACAAUAAUGGUGAUGAUGAUGAUGAAGAUGAAAAUAAUAUUAAAACAGUUGAAAAAAAUAAAUUAUAUGAUCUUGAACAAAAUAAAAAUGGUAUAACAAUAACAAAUAUUGAUUCAACAAUAAUGAUGGAAAUAAAUGAAGAAAAAGAAAUAAAAUUAAUUGUUAAAAAUUCAAGUAAUAAUUUUCAUAUUAUGAAUAAUAUUAUAACAGAUGAUCAAUCACAACUUGAAAUAUUAUCUCUAAAAUCAAGUUAUUGUGAAAUAAUAAUUGAACCAAAUGAAUCAAUUGAAUAUUUAUUUAAAUGUUUUGGUAAAUUUGUUGGUUCAACAGUUGAAUCAAUAACAUUUUCAUUUGAAGGUUUUAAAAUUCGUCGUAGUAUAAAUAUUAUUGUUAAUCCAACAGAAUUAACAAUAUUAUCAAAUGUCAUUGAUUGUGUUAAAAAAAAAAAUAUAGCAAGACAAGAUAAUUAUAAUCAAGCAUCUUAUAUACAAGGUAUUAGACCAGUUAAACCACCAAAUUUUAUAAAAGUUAGAAGUGGUGUAUUUAGAAUACCACAACGUUAUUGGGAUUUAAUAUUACCAUUAAUAAAUGAUAAUAAAUCACAAAAUGAAAUUGAAGCAAUUGUCAGUGAAAAUAUAACAUUUUUAACAAAAGGUUUAAAUGCAAUGAAUUAUCGUGAUAGAUUUCAUGCAUUAUUAUAUCUUGAAGAAAUUGGUUUAACAAUUGAAAUGCAAAAAUAUGAUAUUGAUAGUGGUAUAUUAAUAGCAAAAGAUGAUUAUCUUGUAUUAAAUGUACCUGGUUUAGUUGAAAAACGUCCAUCACUUAUUAUUGGUGAUCGUUGUAUUGUUAAAUUUAGAUGGGAUUCAUCUGGUGGUAAUAUUAAAUAUGAAGGUUGUAUACAUAAAAUAUGUAGUACAAAUGUAUUAUUAAAAUUUAAUCCAAAAUUUCAUGAAAUAUAUCAUGGUGAAGAUUGUAUUAUAACAUUUAAAAGUUCAUAUUCAUCAAUUGGACGUUGUCAUAAUGCUGUUAAUUUAGCAAUAUUAUAUUUAGGACCAGAAUUAUUAUUUCCAACAUAUGUUAAAGAAAAAUUAUCACAAACAAAAAUAUAUGAAACAAUAUCAUCAUCUGAUAUUGUUAAAGAACAUAAAUUAAAUUGGUUUAAUAAAAAACUAAAUAAAUAUCAAAAAGAUGCUGUUUAUAAUAUAUUAUUAGGUAUUGCAAGACCAUUACCAUAUGUUAUAUUUGGUCCACCAGGUACUGGUAAAACAGUAACAUUAUGUGAAUCAAUAUUACAAAUAUUUACAUUAAUACCAGAUAGUCGUAUACUCAUAGCAACACCAUCAAAUAGUUCAGCAAAUUUAAUAUCAGAAAGAUUACUUGAUAGUAAUGUAUUAAAACCAGGUAAUUUAAUACGUUUAAUUGCACAUCAUUGUCUUGAUGAUGAUUCAAUACCAGAAAAAUUAUUACCAUAUUGUGCAACAGCAUCAUUAGCUGCUGAAGGUACAGCAUCAAAUUAUAAAAUAUGUGAUAAUGGUACAAAAUUAAAUUGUACAAUGAGUAUACUUGGUAGACAUCGUAUUACAAUUGGUACAUGUAAUGCACUUGGUAUAUUAUAUAAUGUUGGUUUUCCACGUGGACAUUUUACUCAUAUUGUUAUUGAUGAAGCUGGACAAGCAACUGAACCAGAAAUAAUGAUACCAUUAACAUUUACACAUUCUGAUCAUGGACAAAUAAUACUUGCUGGUGAUCCAAUGCAACUUGGUCCAGUUGUAACAUCAAAAUUAGCUGAUUCAUUUGGUCUUGGUGAAUCAUUUCUUGUACGUUUAUUACAACAAUUUCCAUAUCAACGUGAUAAUGAAGGUUUUAAUAAUGGUUAUGAUCCAAGACUUGUUACAAAAUUACUUAUGAAUUAUCGUAGUUUACCUGAAAUACUUGAAUUACCAAAUGCAUUAUUUUAUGAUUCUGAUCUUGUUGCUAAAUUAUCAAAUAAACAUAGUAAAGAAGCUGAAUUAUUAAAUAAAUUAACAGAUAUAUUACCAACAAGAGAUUCUGGUAUUACACCAGCAAUUGUAUUUCAUGGUGUUAAUGGAGAAAAUCGUCAAGAUAUUGAUAGUCCAAGUUGGUAUAAUACAGCUGAAGCAACACAAAUUUAUCUUUAUUUAACAAAGUUAUAUAAUAAUGGUUUAACAUCUGAUGAUAUUGGUAUUAUAACACCAUAUAAAAAACAAGUACGACAAAUACGUGAUUUGCUACAAGAAUUUGAUGUUGCAUCACCAAAAGUUGGUAGUGUUGAAGAAUUUCAAGGACAAGAAAGAAAUGUUAUUAUUGUAUCAGCAGUUAGAACAACUGAAGAUUAUAUUCAACAAGAUAUUAAACAUUCAUUGGGCUUUGUUGCAUCACCAAGAAGAUUAAAUGUUGCUAUUACAAGAGCUCGUGCAUUAUUAAUUAUUAUUGGUCAUCCAACUUUACUUUCUCAGGAUCCAUAUUGGCGAAGUGUUAUUGUUUACUGUAAAGAACGCAACUGUUAUACUGGUUGUAAUUUUUCACUAUAAUUUUCAUUCUUAUUUUCAUUAAUUAAUUAAUUAUAUUAUUCGUAAAAAAUAAAUAAAUAAAUUUAUAUUAAUUUGAAA